UUCCUUGCUUGGCUGCUCCCUGAAUAAAUUCUCAGGUACCCGCCAUUUCUGUAAAUGUGUUAACAUAGUUUUUUUUUUUAUUCUUUUUUUCCUUGUUAAUUUGUUUUUUAAUUCCGCCAUGAACGAUGGAGAAGUGCAACCUGAUGAUGGUCUUCUGGAUCAAAUAGAUUGGGUUAGCUUCUUCGACAGCAUCCCAGAUAAUCUUAACCAGUUGGCUGAGUCACCGCUUGGAGAUUCCGUUUCGAUUCAAGAACCACCGAGUGCGUUACAGAUUUCUGCCUCGACAUGGAUAAACGAUAUCGAGCAGCUCUUGAUGGCGGACGACGACGAGGAGUCCCGCGAGGAGGACCGUCGAGGACAGUGCGAAGAAUUCUUCGCCGAUAUUGAUUUUCUCGUCGACGGGUCUGCUGAUGGGUCUUAUGAAGAGAGGGUUUUCAAGGAGGGCGGUUCGACUCCUGAGUCCAAUGUGUCCGACGACGGACGAGAGAAAGAGAAGAGCGUCGGCUCCGAGGUGAAGAACGGUCGAGAUGAAGCUGACGAUGAUCCGAUCAGCAAAAAGCGGAGAAGGCAAUUGAGGAAUAGAGAUGCUGCAGUGAGAUCAAGAGAGAGGAAAAAGAUUUAUGUAAGAGAUCUUGAGAUGAAGAGUAGAUAUCUUGAGGGAGAGUGCAGGAGACUGGAACGCCUACUGCAGUGCUGCAUUGCAGAGAAUCAAACACUCCACCUUUACUUGCAGAAGGACAAGGGUUUGGGUGCUCCCAUGACCAAGCUGGAGUCUGCUGUGCUCUUAUUGGAAUCCCUGCUGUUGGGUUCCCUGCUUUGGUUCCUGGGUACCAUGUGCCUGUCCUCUCUGCCCGGACAGCUCCAGACCAUUCCAUCGGCAACCGCAUUGGAAAACGUGGGCAUCAAGGAUCAGGAAAUCGUGUCUCUAAGAAGAGGAGCAAGAAAUGAGGUAUUGGGGUUAGGAGCUUUACGUCUGUUCUUCAAGAGUAAACGAUGUAAAGCCACGAGAGCAAAGAUUAAAAUGAAUUUGCCUCUUCUUACAGUUUUUGUUUGAGAGGUUUCUUGCUUUCGUUUGAUUCUCCAUUUUUCUGCUUUUUUUUUCUUUCCCCUUUAACAUUAUCUCCUUUAUGGGUAUGGACGUAUGGUAGAAUACUAGUUUCGUAGUUUAGAACUUCAACUACAUGUAUUAGCGUAUUACAAUCUUGCUUUCCUAUUUUGCUCUGUACAUAGAACUGCGCAGUUUCCAUGUUAACUGGUUUUGACUUCAUUGGCUGCCAUAUUCUUUGGGA